CAAAAAGUCAAUCCUACAAAUCAUUAUAUACGGGUGAUAAAAGUUGUGGAAAAUCUAACAAUAACAAAGAAUUUUUAGCAAAUUAUAAAGGUUCAUAAUAAAAAUUGAUUAACUGAUUUCAAUUAGCAGGCCAACAAUUCUCCACGCAGUUUCCAUUUUCCCAACAAAAUCCACCUUACCACCGCGAUUUAAUUAGACCUCCACUGCUAGAUUCAGGGAUGCCCCUCUCUGCCUAGGCAAAUAUGGUAUUUCUGCCAAAACAUCAACCUGAAAGAUGUUUUUAUUGGAAUCACAAUAUUAACUACCCAAUAAGUAAUAUCUGUUUUUUAUGUUUUUAAAAUUGUAAUAUAUUUUUUUAAGUACUUGAUUAUGUGCUGGUUUAAAUCUACACAAAAUUUUACCAGACAAAUUUCGCUUGAUCCAGAUUUUACAUGGAAUACUGGUUAUAUUUCAAAAUUCUUUAAACUAAAACCUCACAAAAGAUGAAGUACUAGCCUCUAAUGUGUUUAUCUUUUCCCUGAAACUGCAGGUUCAUAAAGGAAAGUUAAUAAUUUUACAGCAUAAUCAUGUCUAAAGAUAUUAUUGUCCUGACUCCUAAUGGAAGAAGACAGAAAGUACACUGUACCCCAGACACCAGCAUAUUACAGAUUUUAGAAAAUGUUUGUCAAAAACAAGGUUUUGAAGCAAGUGAUUAUGAUUUGAAGCAUCAUAACCAUAUCAUUGAUUUAACAACAACAGUUAGAUUUUCUAAUCUUCCUAACAAAGCAACUCUUGAAAUGGUUGAAACAGAAAGGAGGAGACAAGAAUCAGUUGUUACUAUUGGAUUAUUGUUAGAGGAUGGUGAUAGAAGAACAGCAGAUUUCGCUCCAAAUACUUCCCUGUAUGAGAUAAUUACGGAUUUGGCACCAGAAGAACUAAAAUCUCUAUCACAACCUACAAUAUUGUAUAUGCGACAAGAAGUUAUCGGAGAGUUGGCUUUGAAAGAAAAAACAUUGAGACAACUGGGGUUAAUAGGUGGACGGGCAAUUCUACGACUUUUAAAUAAAGGAGAAGACGGCAAGCAAGCCAAUGUAUCAGCUGUCUACAGAAAAUCAGUUUCUGAGAAACCACCUCCAGAAAAUACUAAUGACGUUAAAAGAUUUUCACCAAUUGAGCCAGAAGUAAUAUCCACAGAAGACGAAGCAGUUGCUGGAUUUUCUAAUGUUAAUAAGAUUGAUACUAAAGUAACUAACUUACUUAAGUUACUUAAAAACGAAAAUUUGAAUAAAAACGUUGAUAGGAACUCUGAUGCAAAAGUUAUAGAUGAACAGCCUCCAAACCAACCCAUGGAAGUGCCUUUAACACCAGCGACUUCUUCACCAAUGUUUGUAGAUACUCAUGCAAACUUAGAGAGGCGAUUAAACAUAGAAGAGGAAGUUACAUUUUUGGGGACGCAAAAGGCCAUUGCGUAUAUGCAACCAGAAACAGCAUACGAAGAACUAGACGACCUCCCAGACGACUUUUACGAACUAACUAUAGAGGAAGUACGGAGAAUAUACCAUGAUUUACAAAAAAAUCGUUUGGAGUUAGAAAACACACCUCUCCUUACAACUUCAAAAAAGGAGGAAAUUCAAAAACAGACUUCACAACAAAGGCUUGAAUUGUAUAAAAAUGUAGUAGUGAGAAUACAAUUUCCGGACCGUAUUAUACUACAGGGUGUUUUUGCACCUACUGAUAUGAUACAGAAUGUUGUGAAUUUUGUUAAGACCCAUCUACAAACCCCUGAGAGACAAUUUCACAUAUUUACAACACCAUUAAAGGAGAAUUUAGAUCCGAACAUGACCCUUAUAGAAGCAAAGUUUGUCCCUUGUGUGCACAUGCAUUUUAAGUGGCGCGAUGAGGAAGGAAAUGGCAUUUACUUGAAAGAGGAGAUUUAUAUGAAAAAAACGUCAAGUGAUGCAGCAGGCAUUCUAGCUUCGAAAUACAGGGCACCUAGUAGAAGAAAAAUGGAGGAAGCCGCCAGCACUUCCAAAAACAACCAAGCUGCAGGGUCAUCAAGUUCAAAGAAUAGCAAAGUGCCAAAAUGGUUUAAAACAUAAUAACAAAAAAUAUUGUUUAGAUUAGGUUUUUUAUCAUGUAUUCAGUUAAGCAGAUUUGAAAGAGAGAAAGAUUUUUAUUUUAUUUCCCUUCUUUUUUUGUUUAUCGUAAUAAAAAUAUCUACGUGACGUAAGUACCAAAAAAAAUCCGAGCACAUUUAGCAAGCUGCAAUACCUCCCAGUUCGAAACAAUUCUUUGCGACAAUUUCAAUUGAUUUCAACGCUAAAUAAAAUUAGUGACCUAGCACCCUGACAGUCGCCUCUAAUUGCAGUAAAUAGGGUAAACUGCUUAUAUUUAAAGAUUGGGA